AUGGAGGACCCAGACACAAAUCCAGAUGAGAUCGACCUCGACGACGAGGAUUUCUACAACUACGAGAAUGAAGCAGUCACCGAGGCCGCCAUGGCCGCCACAAUGGGCUUCAGCUCCUUCGGCGGUUCUCAAAAGCACAGCAAUUCAAACCCUUCAUCCUCCACUCACACCAGCAAAAAGCGGCGGUUCAACCCGCGCGCCGACGACGCCGUCAUCGCGCCCCCUGAACCAGCCGGGGACAGCAACGCAGACGACUCGGAGAAUUUCUACGACCACGAGGAAGAAGCGGCAGAACAAGGCAACGGGAAUGGAGUGAAAUUGGCGCACUUGACAGCCUACAGAGGCCAGCUCACUGCCGCCGCCGCAACCACCACCACCAAACCUGAGUUCGAGGAGGAUCUAAUCGACUACGACGAUGACGAUCUCUACGAAGACAAACCUGGGGCACCUUCCGCGAGCAAAGAAGAUGAUUUCGAACUCGACCUCACCGCUGUCUUCGACGACUCGGACGACGUGCCCUCAUCCACCGUCGGAACACCAUUGCCAGUCACUACCAGCACCACAAGUCAACCCCAAACCAAGACCAAGACGACAAAACUGCCCGACAAACCCAAAACAACAAUACCGCCAACACCAGCAGCCACGUCAGCCGGUAACAAUGGCGGCUCGUCCCGGCCACAGUGGAACCCGAACUGGUACGUUGGCUACUAUGACCCGAGGAGCAACGCAAACCCGUGGGAGGCGCUGGAGAAGCGGCGGGGGCUGAGCCCCGUGGGCACGUGGCUUGCGCUGCCGAGUCGGAAUGGGAAUGGCAAUGGCACCAAGAAGGGGAAUGGCAACAGGAAUGGUGACGCUACUGCUAUCAGUGGUGAUGCCACUUCUACGUCUGCCCUUCCUGCUGAUACUGCUGUUGCUGAUGGCUGAAAGGGGCACGCGUCGAAUCCCCCGUCUAUGUCCUGUCCAUGUCUAUGCCCAGUCCAUGUUUGUAUCGUGUCGUGUCGGGGAGAAAAAGGCUCCGGUGGCGGUGGUGUAGGUGGGUUGUUUCACAGUUUGUUGUUGUUAUGGCCGGCCGUAUUGCACACACAAACAUGGAAGAGUUGUGUAUCAACUAUAAGGGCCCAAACAGAAAAGGGGGAUCUGAAAAGGGGCCAUCACGUGACCCCUCAGACCCCCGAGUGCAGGGGUACGGACGGCAAAGGCAUCUCGGUUCAGGUCUGGUUGGGCGCCUGACCCGAUACUUUCCCAGUCACGGUCACAUGAUGCGUCUUCACUAGACUGGACUGGGCUGGGGUCG